GAGAUGCACACGGCACUCGAGUGUGAGGAAAAAUAGAAAUGAAGGUACAUAUGCACACAAAAUUUUGCCUCAUUUGUUUGCUGACAUUUAUUUUCCAUCAUUGCAACCAUUGCCAUGAAGAACAUGACCAUGGUUCUGAAGAGCAUCACAGACACCAUCAUGGAAUGACAGAAUCGGAGUCAAGCAAAUUUUCAGUGCUGGAUGCUGAAAAUGAAAAAAAAUAUUAUAUUGAAAAACUUUUUGAUCGUUAUGGUGAAAAUGGAAGAUUAUCCUUUUUUGGUCUGGAGAAACUUUUAACAAACUUGGGCCUUGGAGAGAUAAAAGUAGUUGAGAUUAAUCAUGAGGAUCUUGGCCACGAUCAUGUUUCUCACUUAGAUAUUUUGGCAGUUCAAGAGGGAAAGCAUUUUCACUCACAUAACCACCAGCAUUCCCAUAGUCAUUUAAAUUCAGAAAAUCAAACUGUGACCAGUGUAUCAACAAAAAGAAGCCAUAAGUGUGAUCCAGAGAAAGAGACAAUUGAAGUGUCUGUCAAAUCUGAUGAUAAACAUAUGCAUGACCAUAAUCAUCGCUUAUGUCAUCACCAUUGUUUGCGUCAUCACCUUGAUCAUAACACUACUCGCCAUUUUCCUAAUGAUUCCAUUAUUCACAGUGAGCAUGGGGAGCCUAGCCAUGAACCUUCUACAGAGACCAAUAAAACACAGGAACAAUCUGAAAGUAAGCUACUGAAAGGAAAGAAGAAGAGAAAAGGGAAGAAAAGUAAUGAAAAUUCUGAGGUUAUUACACCAGGUUUUCCCCCUAACCAUGAUCAGGGUGAACAGUACGAGCAUAAUCGGGUCCACAAACCUGAUCGUGUACAUAACCCAGGUCAUUUUCAUGUACGUCUUCCAGAACAUAAUGGUCAUGAUCCUGGUCAUGGACACCAAGAUCUUGAUCCUGAUAAUGAAGGUGAACUUCGACAUACUAGAAAGCGAGAAGCACCGCAUGUUAAAAAAAGUGCAAUUUAUUCAGCUGCUAGUCACAAAGAUCAUAAUGAAGAUGACCGGCAACAUGAGUGUUUGAACGUCACUCAGUUGUUAAAAUACUAUGGUCAUCGGGCCAAUUCUCCAAUCUCACCUGAUCUGUUUACGUACCUUUGCCCUGCUUUGUUAUAUCAGAUCGACAGCAGACUUUGUAUUGAGCAUUUCGACAAACUUUUAGUUGAAGAUUUAAAUAAAGAUAAAAAUCUGGUUCCUGAAGAUAAGGCAAAUAUAGGGGCAUCAGCAUGGAUUUGUGGUAUCAUUUCUAUCACUGUUAUUAGCCUGCUUUCCUUGCUAGGAGUGAUCUUGGUUCCCAUCAUUAACCAAGGAUGCUUCAAAUUUCUUCUCACAUUCCUUGUUGCACUAGCUGUAGGAACAAUGAGUGGAGAUGCCCUUCUUCAUCUACUGCCCCAUUCUCAGGGUGGACAUGAUUACAGUCAUCAACAUGCACAUGGGCAUGGACAUUCUCAUGGACAUGAAUCUAAGAAGUUUCUAGAAGAAUAUGAUGCUGUAUUGAAAGGACUUGUUGCUCUAGGAGGCAUUUACGUACUAUUUAUCAUUGAACAUUGCAUUAGAAUGUUUAAGCACUACAAACAACAAAGGGGGAAACAGAAAUGGUUUAUGAAGCAAAACACAGAAGAAUCAGCUAUUGGAAGGAAGCUUUCAGAUCAUAAGUUAAAUAAUACACCAGAUGCUGACUGGCUUCAGCUCAAGCCUCUUGCCGGAACUGAUGACUCGGUUGUUUCUGAAGAUCGACUUAAUGAAACUGAACUGACAGAUUUAGAAGGCCAACAAGAAUCCCCUCCUAAAAAUUAUCUUUGUAUAGAAGAGGAGAAAAUCAUGGCCCAUUCUCAAAGUGAUGGAUUACAUGCCAUUCAUGAGCAUGAUCUCCAUGCUGCUGCACAUAACCACCAUGACGAGAGUAAAACUGUGCUGAGGAAGCAUAAUCAUCAGUGGCACCACAAACAUUCUCAUCAUUCACAUGGUCCCUGUCAUUCCGGAUCAGAUCUGAAAGAAACAGGAAUAGCUAAUAUUGCUUGGAUGGUGAUCAUGGGGGAUGGCAUCCACAACUUCAGUGAUGGGUUAGCAAUUGGAGCAGCUUUCAGUGCUGGAUUGACGGGCAGAAUCAGUACUUCUAUAGCUGUCUUCUGUCAUGAGCUGCCACAUGAAUUAGGUGAUUUUGCAGUUCUUCUUAAAGCAGGCAUGACUGUAAAGCAAGCAAUUGUAUACAACCUCCUCUCUGCCAUGAUGGCUUACAUAGGCAUGCUCAUAGGCACAGCUGUUGGUCAGUAUGCCAAUAACAUCACACUUUGGAUCUUUGCCAUCACUGCAGGCAUGUUCCUCUACGUAGCCUUGGUGGAUAUGCUUCCAGAAAUGUUGCAUGGUGAUGGUGACAAUGAAGAACAUGGCUUCUGUCCAGUGGGGCAAUUCAUUCUUCAGAAUUUAGGAUUGCUGUUUGGAUUUGCCAUCAUGCUGGUAAUUGCCCUCUAUGAAGACAAAAUUGUGUUUGACCUCCAGUUUUGACCAUUCCCAGCAGUCACUGCUGAUUACAAGAAUGUUACCAUGCAGCUUUGCAUCUGUUCCUUGUACUGUAAGCACAUUGCUCAAAGAAAAGUCAGUGGCUUGCACUACUUACAAGUUCAUAGAUUUGAGCCUGACCACAAAGACCGGUGCUCAGUACUGUUUUCCCUGCAUGAAGGGGUCUUUUAGAAAUACAAAGCUUAUGAUAAAGGAGAAAACGGGACUCCGUGAACCGAUGUUGAUAUAGGUUUGAUUAAGACUUUUUAAAAAAAUAAUCAUAUAAAACACUAAAGUAGUCUCUUUAUUAGUAGAAACUUCUGUGGCUAUGCAGAAAUAGAAAUUGAACCAAAAAAAGUCACUUAAACUUUAAAAAUAUUUUAAAUGGACUUUGGGCAGACUUUUCUUUGUGGUAAAAAUGAAUUGUAAUGUCCUUUAAUUCAGCUCCAUAUAUACAUGUGGUAAUAGGGAUCAACUUGACACAGCUUUGAAUCUGCAGAAAGUAGACUAUAGCACCUAGAAGAAAGCUCAGGCUGCAUUAGAAUAUGGAUUUAGCAUUGGGAAAAGCCCUUAUUCUUGAAUCUAGAGUUACUAUUUUUGUAUAUAUUUGCAUAGGAUUUAAACUUGCAGCCUAAACUACUGAAAUUUGUGAUUGUACAUUUGUGUGAGCUUCAGUUUAAUGAAAGAUUCAUAAUGGUUCUUUGUAUUAAUAUUAUACUUGGUGUUUGGGUUUUCUUUUUUUUUAACUUGUUUUUGUCUUGGGUUUUUUGGUGGGGGUAAGGGGUUGGAGCAUGUGGUAAAAUGUUUUUUCCUUAAAUGUCUUUUCCUUAAAAUUGUAACCCUCAGCGAAAUGAAGAACCCAAACAUGGUCUAAA